AUGAUUGAAAGCAGAGAUGUGGACAACCUGGAUGAAUUUCUGAAUGACCCUCUGAAGCAGCACACGCUGAUCCGCUUUCUCCCCAGGCCCAUCCGGCAGCAGCUCCUGUACAAGAGGCGAUACAUUUUUUCAGUGUUGGAGAACCUGCAGAGGCUGUGCUACAUGGGGCUGCUGCAGUUUGGUCCCACAGAAAAGUUUCAGGAUAAAGAUCAGAUCUUCAUUUUCCUGAAGAAGAAUGCGGCUAUCGUUGACACCACCAUCUGCGACCCACAUUACCACCUCGCCCACAGCAGCCGGCCCUUUGAGAGGCGUCUUUAUGUCCUGAAUUCAAUGCAGGAUGUGGAAAACUACUGGUUUGACCUGCAGUGCGUCUGCCUCAACACCCCUCUAGGUGUGGUGCGCCACCCGCGUAACAGGAAGGACAGCAACCCAGAGGACAGCAACCCGGAUCAGGGUGGUGAUGACAAGGACAGUCUGCAGAAGGAGCAGAAGGAGCAGGAGAGCGCCAUCCACAAGCACAACCUGGAGCGCAAGUGCGCCAUGAUGGAGUACUCCACGGGCAGCCGUGAGGUGGUGGAUGAAGGUUUGAUCCCCGGGGAUGGGCUGGGAGCCGCUGGGCUCGAUUCCAGUUUCUAUGGACACCUAAAGCGCAACUGGAUCUGGACCAGCUAUAUCAUCAACAAGGCCAAAAAGGAGAACGCCGCUGCAGAGAAUGGGCUCACGGUGAGGCUCCAGUCUUUUCUGACCAAGCGCACGUUGCCCCUUGGUGCUGGAGGCAAUGGCAGGUUGGAUAUCUGGGGAGAAGCCAGAGCAGGGUCCGAGCUCUGUGUUGACCAGGAUGAGCAGUUUGAGAUUGACCAAGAGCCCACGCUGGACAGGAAUCAGAGAGUGAGGGGUGGCAAGAACCAGAAGCGGAAACGGCUGAAGAAGGACCCUGGAAAGAAGAUGAAGAGAAAGAAGAAAGAAGAAGUCCAGGAAGAAAAAAGCAAAAGUCUGCGUUACCAUGAUGAGGCCGACCAGAGCGCCCUGAAGAGGAUGACCCGGCUGCGUGUCGUGUGGUCCAUGCAGGAAGACGGGCUGCUCAUGCUCUGCCGAAUUGCCAGCAACAUCCUCAACACCAAGGUGAAGGGCCCGUUCGUCCCCUGGCAGGUCGUGCGGGACAUUCUGCACGCUACCUUUGAAGAGUCUUUGGAUAAGACCUCUCAUUCGGUUGGCCGAAGAGCUCGCUACAUAGUCAGAAACCCACAAGCCUACAUGAACUACAAAAUAGAAACAGGCCCAGGGAGAGUAGAUGAGUUGUCCAUGGCCCAGGGAGUUGGCAGUGAAGUGAGAACGGUGUGUGCCAACGAGUUUAAAGAAUUCGUGGAGAAGCUUAAAAAGAAGUUUAGCUCUUCCUUAAAGAAUCCUAACCUUGAAAUCCCAGACACACUCCAGGAGCUGUUUGCCAGAUACCGAGUUUUGGUGAUUGGAGACCAAAAAGAUCAAGGAAGGAAGGAGGACAAACUUAAUAGCAUGGAUGACAUCCACUACCUGGUGCUCCAGAACCUGAUCCAGAGCACGCUGGCCCUCUCCGACAGCCAGAUGAAGUCCUGCCAGUCAUUCCAGACGUUCCGCCUGUACCAGGAGUAUAAGGACCAGAUCCUGUGCAAGGCCUUCGUGGAGUGCCAGAAGAGGAGCUUGGUCAACCGGCGCCGCGUCAACCACACGCUGGGCCCAAAGAAAAACCGGGCCUUGCCCUUCGUGCCAAUGUCCUACCAGCUGUCCCAGAGCUACUACAAGAUCUUUACAUGGCGAUUUCCGAGCACCAUCUGCACCGAAUCGUUCCAGUUCUUCAACAAAAUCCGGGCUGCCGGCAAGUUGGACCAGCCUGAUAAUUUUUCCUUCAAAGACCAGGAUAGUAACGACUCCCCAGAUGACCUGGUGGCAUUUUCUUUGGACGGCCCUGGGGGACACUGUGUGGCCGCCCUGAGCCUCUUCUCUUUGGGCCUCAUUUCCGUGGAUGUCAGGAUCCCCGAGCAGAUCGUGGUGGUGGACAGCUCAAUGGUGGAGAACGAGGUCAUUAAGAGCCUGGGGAAGGACGGCGCCUUGGAAGAGGAUGAGGACGAAGAGGAAGACUUGGACGAAGACCCGGGGGGCAAGCGCCGGAGCAUUGAGGUGAAGGCCCCCCAGGCCUCCCACACCAACUACCUGCUGAUGAAGGGCUACUGUGCCCCCGGCAUCGUCAGCACCCGAAACCUCAACCCCAACGACAGCAUCGUGGUGAACUCCUGCCACGUGAGGUUCCGGCUCCGCUGCAGCCCCAAGCCCACCCAUCUCAGGUCCACUGCCCCUGCUCUGGAAGAGCUGACAGUGGGAACCUCCUGCCUCCCUGGCACGUUCACCAGGCUGAUCCACCGCCGGGAGGACACCUGCAGCUUGGAAGAGUUUGUGCACCAGGUGGCGCUGUCUGGCUAUAAACCUGCCGACGUGUCUGCCGCCUUGGAGGUCCAGGGGGCCAUUGCGGCCACGGGAUGCUUUGGGGUGGACAAGGCGGAGCUGAGGAGACGCUUCUCCGCCUUUGAGAGGGCAGAUGGUGAGCGCACCAAGACCUUCACAGACUACGUGCAGGACCUCUUGGAGCGACAUCAGGUGCUGGAAGUCGGCGGCAACUCCGUUCGCCUGGUGACCAUGGCCUCUGCCCAGCCCUGGCUCCUGCACUCGGUGCGGCUGAGAGGGAAAGAAGAGGACACAGAAACUCAAAGAGAAGACCCCCAGGCCAAACCCCCGGAGGGGCCUUCCGGAGAGGACGACCCUGAGAGGCAGGCACCACCUUCUCAGGGCUCCCAGGGCAGCAAGAGGCGUGCCAGCUGGGCCAGCACCGACCCGGUCAUUCCAAGCGGGGAGACCGACCCCGAGAGCACCCAGGGGCCCCCAGCCAAGAGGCCCACGCUCCAGGACGUGCGCUUGGGCCCCAGCCCCAGGGCAGAGGAGGGGGCAGAAACGCCGGCACCUGCUCUUCCUGUAGCUCCUGAAGACACAGGUGCAGGGGACCCCCUCCCAGGAGCAUCAGAAGCCAGACAGGAGGACCAGGAGGGAGUCAGGGUACCCGGCUCCACAGGCCAAGAGCAGCUGAGCUGUCAGGCCCAGCCCCCAGAGGGUUCGGAAGACGCGAGAGGUUCGGCAGAGAGUGGUGCGGCCGGCAGUGUCUCCCGGGCAGCACGGGACUGUGAGAGCAUCUGCUUCAUCAGCCGCCCCUGGCGCAUCGUGGACGGCCACCUGAACACGCCGGUGUGCAAGGGCAUGAUGGAGGCCGUGCUGUACCACAUCAUGAGCAGGCCUGGCAUCCCGGAGAGCUGCCUGCUGCAGCACUACCAGGGCGUCCUGCAGCCCAUCGCCGUGCUCGAGCUGCUCCAGGGCCUGGAAUUCCUCGGCUGCAUUAAGAAGCGCUUGCUAAAGCCCACGGCCGUCUCGCUCUUCUCCAAACCCGUGGUGGAAGAGGCCGAGCCGCCCUCCAGCCUGAGCGAGAGUUGCAUGGUGUUCUAUGAGCCCACGCUGGACUGCACCCUCCGGCUGGGCCGCGUGUUCCCCCACGAGGUCAACUGGAACAAGUGGAUCCACCUGUGAGGCACCUGUGGCCACCAGGCCCCUCCCAUCCAGGCGCUGCCUCCAGGGGUGGGGGCGAGCUCCCCUGGGGAGGGGCCUUUUGCCUUCCCUGAGGUGGCCUGGAACUCAGGAAGAGACCACCCGCCUGCUGUCUGCCCGACUGGCCCGGGAACCCUGGAGUUGUAGGGAGCGGCUGCAUGGAGACUUCGGCCCCUGCCCUUGCUCUCCCUCUUGUUGCCGGGCCUUGGCCGUCACUGCAGACACGUUUCUGCUGCCAGUGAGCUGCCUGCUGUUCUCUCUGAAGCCUCUUGGGUGGUGUGAGUCUGAAAGGCCCCAGCAAACUUCUCCACAGGUUUCCGAGGUGUCUGCCAUUGAGGAACUGCGCUACUUGUCUGGGCCCCGAGCCUCCUGUAUGGACCUGAGUUGUCAGCUGCUGGCCUGUGGGGGUCCUGAGCUCUGGGCUUGGGUUUGCCCUGUCCGUGCACACCUUGUGUCCCGGAUCCCAGCACACGGCAAACUCCCUGGCUCCCAGGAGCCCAAGUGCCCCUGAGCACUGGGGCCUUGUGGGGACACGUCACAGAAUAGAGCUGUGAGCCCUGCCGCCCCGGGCCCCGCAGAGACUUACUCCUGUCCAGGCAGGACGUCUGAGCCCUGGGGCUGGGACUGGCCCCCCAAUAGAGGAGCCUGCAGGCCCCUUUUUAGCCUGGGAAGCCCCCUGGCAGGCCUCCAGCUGGGUGGACACGCCCUCCUGCUGGCAAGAAACCCAGAGAUUCUGUAGGUUUGGGGUUUGUUUCAUUUUUCAACAUCUUUCUUCAUUUAAAAAAAGAAAGAAAAAUCGUUUGGCAUGUGUUUAUUUAUUGUUCAAUUACAGUGAAGUAAAAUACAUUUAGUUUU